AUGAGCUCUGAUGCAGAGAUGGCCAUUUUUGGACAAGCAGCUCCCUACCUGUGGAAAUCAGAGAAGGAGAGAAUCGAGGCUCAAAAUCGCCCAUUUGAUUCUAAGAAAGCUUGCUUUGCAGUGGAUGAUAAGGAAUUUUAUGUGAAAGGUAUGAUCCAGAGCAAGGAAAAUGACAAAGUCACAGUCGAGACCCUCGACAACCGGACACUCACUCCGAACAGUGACCAAGUCUUCCCCAUGAACCCUCCCAAAUUUGACAAGAUCGAGGACAUGGCCAUGAUGACCCACCUACACGAGCCAGGAGUGCUGUACAACCUCAAAGAGCGUUACGCAGCCUGGAUGAUCUACCUGAGUUGAAUUUUCUGAUCUUCUCAGACCUACUCAGGCCUCUUCUGUGUCACCAUCAACCCCUACCAGUGGCUGCCGGUGUACAACCCUGAGGUGGUGACGGCCCACAGAGGCAAAAAGCACCAGGAGGCCCCGCCCCACAUCUUCUCCAUCUCUGACAACGCCUAUCAGUUCAUGUUGACUGAUCGAGACAACCAGUCCGUCCUCAUCGCCGGAGAAUCCGGGGCUGGGAAGACAGUGAACACCAAGCGUGUGAUCCAGUACUUUGCAGCAGUUGCGGUCACUGGGGAGAAGAGGAAGGCGCAGCGGCCCAGCAAGAUGCAGGGAACCCUGGAAGACCAGAUCAUCCAGGCCAACCCCCUCCUGGAGGCCUUUGGAAAUGCCAAGACCGUGAGGAAUGACAACUCUUUGAGAUUCGGGACGUUCCUUCGCAUUCACUUUGCAGCCACAGGAAAGCUGGUGUCAGCGGACAGUGAAACCUAUCUCUUAGAAAAAUCCAGGGUGGCAUUUCAGUUAUCCCGUGAGAGAGGCUAUCAUAUUUGUUACCAAAUCAUGUCAAACAAGAAGCCAGAACUUAUGGACCUGCUUCUCAUUUCAACCAACCCCUUUGACUUCCCCUUUGUGAGCCAAGGAGAGGUCACCGUGGCCAGUAUUGAUGACAGUGAGGAACUGUUGGCCACUGAUGUAAGUGGCCAAGGGCCGGCCCGGGCUGGAGACGUACAGGAAGCAGAGCUGGGCCAGCUGGCCAGACCCCCGUCCCCUUACCUGCGGCCCGCGGUCCUCCGCUCCGCGCUCGGAUGCCGCUGGGGUGCCAGGGACCCACGGGAGGCGUCGUUCCCGGCCGCCGCGCGCUGGCUCCCCGGACCCGCGCCGGCUCGCCGGGGGCCAACGGCGAGGAGCCCCGAGGACGCCCCGUGCCAGGUGCGCUCCGGCCGGGACGCCCACUUCCGGGAGAGGCGCGCGGACCGCCGGCGCGCUCAGGGGAGCCGCAGCCAAUGCCGAGCGAGACCCGCCCCGCCGGCGCCGCGUCCGCGCGGCACAGCACGGUCUCGGCGCUCCGGCCACGGGCGCCUGGGGCCGGGCGUCCCCUCUCCUGCCAGCGCGAGGCAGGAAGCGGCGCCCCUGCGAGGCCGCUAG